AUGUCGUAUAAUAUAUCGCAAGAGCUGAUAAACUACUACAGUUACCCAGUCAUCACCAGCACGAAGGUGGAACUCCGAGAAGAGCUCCCCUUUCCAGCUGUUACCUUCUGCAACCAAAGUCCUUUCAACCUGACUGCUGUCAAAGAAGCUGAUCCAUAUUUGGAAAAUUAUUUCAAUAGCGCCAGCCUGCUUGGGAGUUUUAAUGGUCCAGUCAACUGGAGUGACCCGGGAUACGGUUCCACUUUCUCAAAACGGCACAGUCUGGAUUGGUGGAAGAAGAUAUUCAUGAAUCUAAGCAAAUCACUCGAAUUUUGCAUCAUGAAAAAUGGUUGGUGUAUGGAAGCUUUGAAGCCAGUGGUGACCAACAUGGGGAACUGUGCAACAUUCAACUGGAAUGCUUCUGAUAUUGCUAAAGUGAGAGUCACGGGCUACGAUAGUAACCUCAUCAUAUUUGCCAAUAUCCAUCAUGAUAAGUAUGUGCUUGGUUCACAGAUGGCGGCUGGUUUGAGGGUGAUUCUGCACGAUCCCCGUAUUCACCCUGACGUUGCGACAUCGUCGUUCUUGGCAGCUCCGGGAACCAUGGGGGAGAUAUGUUCCAUCAUUGAAGCUUACACCUGCUAUUGGCCAACAUAUAGUAACGUCUCGCAAAACCCAGAUGUACAUUCAGAAUGUGGCUGUGAAAUCCCAUGUAAUUUUGAUACAUACGAGACAAAGGUGUCGUCUUCAAAAUUCCCAUCCAACGUCUCUAUACAGUACAUAAUUGACCUCGGUUACAGUGGCAACGAAGAAAUCCUAAGAGACAACUAUUUGGAAAUAAGAGUUUACUUUGAAAACCUCAUGCUCCAGGUAACUGAACAAAUCCCAAAGUAUACCACCGAGACCGUCAUAGGUAACCUGGGAGGUCAGAUGGGCAUCUGUCUGGGAGCCAGUAUCCUGACUCUCACAGAACUCGGAGAAGUAAUUUUUCUCUUGACGGCUCUGUUUUGGGACCUUAGGAACUUAUCAACACUUUUGCACAGG